AUGGCCAGCAACGAUGGUGGCGGCGAUGACCUGUCGUCAGACGGACGGCGAAAGCGCGAAGCUUCCGGCGAACUAUCUUACCUGUGCUCUCAUGGCAAGGAAGUGAGAUACUCGGAGAAGGGUGGCUCGGCUCGUUGGUCGGAUAACUGUGCCACGUGUCUCGAGAAACACUGGCCCAAAUGUGUCAAAGAGGCUGAGCAGGAUGAUGCUGGCGUUAUGCCCCCAGCGAAGAAGGCAAAGCUUACGAUCCAUGUGAACAAUGCCAAUGCUGAGGCGGCAGAGGCUACUGGUCCCCUUGAUCCCCAGUGCGCAAAGACAGAGCUUGAUCAGAAGCGACAUGAACAGUCUGAUCAGGAGGGAAAGGAAGUGCCUGACCACGAAGAAGACAAGGACUUCGAGUCAGAACUCAAGCAGCUGCAUCAGCAACACCAAGCCGCGCAGGAAGAAGCUCAGAAAUGUCACAAAGCAUUCGUUUGGCGACUCAUUGCCAAAGUUGACGAGCUGCAGAAGGUGGUCGACAAGUCCAACAACGAGAAGAACACGCGCGACAAAGAGCUCCAGGAGUUUCUGAACCGCUAUAAGGCCGUGGCAAGCGACCAUCUCAAACUUACUCAGGAGAAACAUGAGGAGCAGGUCCGUCAACUUCAACAACGCCUGGACGAAACUGAGGAGCAGGACCGUCAACUUCAGCAACGCUUGGACGACUCCCAGGAGCAGGUCCGCCAACUUCAACAGGGCUCAGAAACCUCUGGUAAGCAAUUGAAUGAGGCCAACCAGCAUAUCACAGAAGCACACGAAAUGGUCAAGAAGCUUCGCAAUGACCUGGGUGUCUGGUCUGAAUGGUACAAGGAAGGGGCUAAGGCUGAUGGGUUGAAGAGGAUGGCUGAGUGGUACGAGGAGAUGGCGCCGCUAAGCCAAGGGUCGCAGAUCUGGCAGCAGCGUUGA